AUGGAGGGAACCAAAAUGGGCGUAGUUGACAACAGAACAGGCUUGGAGAUUAUCGCAGCGAGUUAUGAUAAGAUACUACCUGAGCAUGAUGGUAAGUUCGCAAUCAUUAAAGAUCAAUUGCUGGGCUACGCAGAUACUACGGGGAAGGUUAUCAUUCCCGUCCAGUACAAAGACGGGAUAAGCUUUGAUGAAGGCAGGGCGUUCGUUUUCAAUGGCUCCAAGUGGGGAAUGAUAGAUGAGAGGGGGAAAUUAUUGGGACAGGCAAUUUAUGACGAUAUUAUCGGGCUUUCGGAAGGUGUCGGUCGCGUAAUGCUAAACAACAAGAUAGGGUUUGUGAACCGAGCUGGCGUCCAGAUCGUGCCAUGCAAAUAUCCAGAGGCCUAUGACUGUGCUUAUGGACUGCAGCCAGAGGGGGCCAGAAAGUGA